GCGCGUCCUCGUGACGUGAAUCAGGAAAUAUGGCGGCGCUCACUCCACUGAGUCAGUUAUCAAGUGGAAACGCUGCAUAUGAGAGCUUCUACAGACAGUGUAGUGAGACCACUGCUGAUCAUACAGGUGGAUCCAGGAAACACAGGGAAGGUGGGCGCUACAGAGGCCGCUCAGUUCCUAAAGAGAUCAGGGCUUUCAGACAGCACUCUGGGGCAGAUCUGGGAUCUGUCAGAUCCAGAGCGAAAAGGUUACUUGGAUAAACGGGGUUUCUUUGCUGCCCUGAGGCUGGUGGCAUCCGCCCAAGGUGGCAGCGACGUCAGUGUGAACAGUUUAAACCCGAGCGUCUCUGCACCCAUCCUGAAAAUUAGAGACACUGUCAGUCCGUCCCUGAAAAUCUCAACUUCUUCUGGUGAUUCCAGCUGGACAUUGAAGCUGGACGAUAAAGCAAAGUAUGAUGGGAUAUUUGAGAGUCUGUCUCCAGUUGGUGGGCUGCUGUCAGGUGAUAAAGUGAAGCCGGUCCUCAUAAACUCUAACCUGCCUCUUGAUGUGCUCGGAAAGAUUUGGGAUGUCAGUGACAUUGACAAAGAUGGGCACUUGGAUAAAGAUGAGUUUGCAGUGGCAAUGCACCUCGUUUAUGCAGCCAGAGAGAAUGAACCUGUACCAUCCACCCUCCCCUUAUCUCUCAUCCCUCCAUCCAAACGGAAGAAGAUUCCAGGCGCUCUUCCGGGAUCAGUUCCUGUUCUUCCCUCCAGUCCCUUCCUGCUGAAAGAGAACCUGCAGCCCACGCCGUCACUCACCAAGAGUCCACUGAGCAGCAGCACGAAUCUCUCUCCAUCAAACUCAUUCAAAAUCUCCACCCCGGCACCAACACUCAAGUCGCAAACACACACACAGACCUCCUCUGAGCACUGGGUGGUUCCAGCAGAAGAUAGAGACCAGUAUGAGGAGCUCUUUGACCUGGCUGACUCGGAUUUUGAUGGUCUGGUUGGAGGAGGAGAAGUUAAAGACAUCUUCUUUAACUCUGGACUUCCUCAGAGCGUCCUUGCACACAUAUGGUCCCUAGCGGAUACUAAGAGUAAUGGGAAACUAACCAAAGAGCAGUUCUGUCUGGCCAUGCAUUUUAUUCAGGAGAGAGUUAAAGGAGUGGACCCACCUAAGUGUCUGACCCCUGACAUGAUACCACCUUCAGAGAGAGGAGCCGCCAACACCUCUUAUCUCUCUGCAUUCACACCACCAGUUGGGACUGAAUUGACCCUGUUCACCACUCUGAGCAGGGACACCAGCAGUUCUGUUGGGAUGGUUGAGCUGACGGGACUCAAAGAUCUUGAUGACAUCAGCCAGGAAAUCUCACAACUGCAGAGUGAGAAACGCACUUUAGAGGCAGAAGUCAGGCAGAAAGAAGAAUCCCUGAGACAGAGGAACAAUGAAGUCCAGGAGGUGCAGAGAGACAUUGAGCAUGAAAACAUUGGACUUCAAGAGCUGGAGCACCAGAAACGAGAUGCUCAGGAUCGGCUAAGUGAGAUGGAGCAACAGAGAGCCAAACUGGAGAGCACGCUGGAUGAGACCAAGAGCAAGUGGCAGGAGGAGAGCGUCAAGAUCACAUCUCUACAGACUCAGAUCUUGUCUCGGGAGUCAGAUAUGCAGACUCAGGAGAAGGAGUUGAGCAGAACGAAGACCGACCUCUAUUGUAUGGAACAAGAGGAGAAACAGUUGGAGGAGAGUCUCGGUGCAGGCAAAGCCAAACUAGAGAGCAUCCUUAAACUGCUCAAAACAUCACAGGAUGUGAUGGACCAGACGCGCAGUGAGCUGAGGGAGAUACAGGAGAGACAACAGGAACUCAAUAAAACCAUCGAGCGCUACAGCAGAGCUCUCAAUGACAGCACGACCAGUCUGGCAGAGUUGGACCAACUCAUCGCUGAGGAGAGCUCAAGCGCAGAUGCAAUGGAGAACUCGCUCGUGAAGUCCAGAAUGGCCUUGUUUAACAGUACCAGCUCUCAGGCGCUGAAUGCAGACCCCUUUCAGAGAGAAGACCCCUUUAGAACUGACCCCUUCAAUAAAGCUGAUCCAUUUGGUGGAGAUCCGUUCCAGCAGAGCGACCCGUUUAAAGAUCCGUUUGCUAAUUCCAAUCCAUUCGGUGAAAGUUCCUCUGGCCAUUUAAAGGACAUCUCCUUCAGCAGAAGAACCAGUCAGAUGACAAUGAGUCCCAAACCUAAAGACUCAGAUCCGUUUGCUGCAUCAGACCCAUUCAGUAGCGACUCUUUCGGAGGGAAAAGUGGUUUCGCAGAUUUUUCUCAUAUGUCAAAGGGCUCACAGCUGACUGGCCGAAAGCCGACAUACCCUCUUCCCCUUCCAAAAAUACCUCAGAGACCAGCGCCACCUUCUUAUGGAAACAAUUCAGCCGUUACGUAUAGCGGUUCAAUGGCUCAUAGGCAACCGUUUGGUGCUCCGGUGGCCAGAAAGAUGCAUAUGGACAGAGGACAUGUUUCCUCGUCCACAUCAUUACGGUCUGUGGUUAACCCAUCCACUGGGUUAAAAGACUUUAAAGCAUUCGGAAGUGAGACGCAGCAGCUGGAAUGGGCCAAGCGUGAAAGCCAGCGGGAGGAGGCGGAGCGUAUUCGUAAGCUCCGCCUACAGGAACAACAGGACUUGGAGUUGGCUCUCGCCCUCAGCCGAGCUGAAAUGCCCCGAACGUGAAGCCGUAACAUUCCUAAAGUGGAGAACGACACCACCACUUUCAAAUAGAGGUUUUGCGUGGCACUGUCCCGAUCACAUCACCACUCAGGUUCGCAGUCACUGAACACGCUGAAACAUCCACCAAUCAGCACUCAAAGAUCCAAGUGCACCAAAAAACAGUCUAAUCACCCAAAUAGUCUAAACCAAAGGUCUGUAGGUUUAUUUUACUCAUUAACUGCUUUGUCAUGCACUGAAGGAGACAUUCAGAUGCUGAAUUAUGCUUUAUGAAGUCUAUAUGUACAGCUUUUACCAAAUACUGUAGUACCAGCAGGUAGGCAAGAUACAGACCUCUUCAGAAAAUAUAUGAUUAAAGAUAUCUGAUAUCAUUAGAUAUCAUAUACUCUAUAUACCCUUGUAAUCCUAAUAGUAAAUAUCAAAUCUUUCAGUAUCUGCCUUACCCUAUAUUUGCACUAUGCAUGUGUUGAUGCACUGAAUAUUAUCAUGUUUCAUGAGACACAUCAUGAUCAGAUGUGUCCUUUUAUUUCGAAGGAAAAUGCUCAAAAUAGUUUUAGGUUUUCAUACUCAUAUUAGACUUGAACGAGAUGCUUUACAUUUAAAGAUGGCUUGUGAGGUUUAGUUCUAAUAACAUCUUGCAUCACUUCAUCAAUGUGUCAUUUUGUGGUUGCUUCUUUAAAAGAAUAGUUUAUCAAAAUAGGAAAAUGCUGUAAUUCUUUCAUCACCCUCAUGUUGUUCCAAACCCAUAUGGCUUUUCUACACGAAACACAAAAGUAGAGUGAGUGAAUGAAUGAACAUUGCAAACCGUUUAUUCAAUACGAUGGUGGAUAGUGACUCACUUUAAAACUUAAAAAGGACCCAAAAGUAUCAGAAGUAGUUAAUGCGACUCGUGCAGCAUAUUCCAAGUCUUCUGAAGGCAUACGAUAGGUUUUGGGGAUAUACAACCCGAAUUUCCAGAGCAAGUCUUGACUUCCAACAGGGCAAUUUGCCACCUUGAACGAGUCUCACAGAGCUAAUGAAUGCGCAACAGACGUCAAGAUUUUUUUUUUUGCUGAAUAAUUACUUAAAUUUCAGGUUCCCACCAGAACCUUUCGUUUGCAUUCUUGAAAUAUGACGCACAAAUUGCGUGGACUACUUUUGAAUCCUUUUUUAAACUUUAAACUGAGGCACGAUCAACUUCCAUUGUUAUGAAAAGAUGGGCCGGUGUUUUAUUAAAAAUGUUGCUUUUGUUUUCUGCAUUAGAAUGAAAGUCAAAUAGGUUUGGAACAACAUGAGGAUGAGUGAUUUAUGACAGAAUUCUCACUUUUGGGUGAAAUAUUGCAUGAAAGUCUCUUUAACAGCUGCAGACCAAAUCAUACAAACCGUCUCUCCUGGAAGAUCUGCCCUCUUCGGUUGUUUUACAACUUGUUUCUCACUGAAAUAUACCCUGUUCUAAAUUGCUACUGCAAAAAUUAUAUGGACGUUUGAAUUAUUUUAACAUUUAUAUUUGGGGAAAUAGGCUACCUAAUUUCGUACACUCCAAAAAAUAUUUUAGCCUAUUUUUAAGAUUUGCACAUUUCAAUUUCAUAACAAAAUUCCAUCAAAUUUGAUUUAAUUAAUAAAACUUUAUUUUUUUUUUUAUUGAAUAUGAUGGGAUUUUGUUAUGAAACUGAAAUGUGAAAAUCUUAAAAAUAGGCUAAAAUAUUUUUGUGUGUGUGUAGAUCAAAGAUUUAUGAAUGUAUUCUGGUCUUAUACUGCAUAUUGUGCUUAUUAUUUUUUAUGUGUUGGUAUUUAUUGUAUUUCAGAUAUUCAGGAAAUUCUGGCAUUCAGUUAUUAUUAUUAUUAUUAUUAUUAUUAUUAUUAUUAUUAUUAUCUUUUAAUCAUGUGAAGAUUCUACUGACCUUUAAUAUUUCAUGUGUUUUUUGUGGUUUUAUUUGUGAAAGGGUUUAAAGUGAAUUUUAAGUGUGUUGCUUUUGAACAUUUGAUUAAAUGUCAGACAUAUAUUUAUCUGGAUCCAGUGGAGAUUAUUUUUUUUAUUUUUAUUUUUUUAAUAGUUUUCAUAACCCAGUAGUUUUCAUAUUCAUAAAACCAUAUUAUAGCUCAUUUUAAACUUCUUAACUGUUCAUAUAUAUAUAUAUAUAUAUAUGUGUGUGUGUGUGUGUGUGUUAUGUUGAAUGCCAUUUCAUUUUAAAUGACAAAACUGAGAAAAUCUUUGACAUUUCAAAAUAUACAUUAACUACAGCCAAGUCAGUGUGAUACAUAUAUAGAUAUAUUUUUUUUAUCAAGGUUUAUAUUACAUUUUAUUUGAAUAUAUCAUUAUGUAAGAUUUAUAUUAAUAUCUAAUGUGAGAAUUACCAGUAAUUUGAAUGAAAAUAACUGCUUAAAACAACUCCGAAGUCAAAAUCUGUGAAACCAACAUAAUAUAAUUUAUCUAAAUAAACAACAUCAAAGCAACUCUUCAUCACAACUGCAACAUCAGUACUACUUUUCAAUGUUUUUGAACAAAAUCUUUUCUGUUUACGUGCAUGAAAUGUCGAAUGUCAUUGUGUGAAUAUAUGCUGCAAACUGGUUCAUCAUCACAUCAGUCUGCAAAUGUGGACUUUUCCUCUUUCUACCCCUGUUUAGACUGUAUGCUUAAACUUUUUUCUCUUGCCACACACCCUUUAGACAGUUCCUUUUGAUAAAUUUUAUUUGUUGUAUAUUUUUAAUUGUUAUUUGUUGUUUGUUUGUUUCAUCUGUUAUGUCGUUUGUGUGUGUGUGUGCAGGUGUAAGUGGUUUACCAGGACUUUUUUUUUAGGUUACAAACUGGUAAUUACAAGGGUAUUAUGCUAUAAAUGUGACAUUUCUAGUGUCCCCAUAAUUCAAAUCACUUAAAAAACAUACUAAACGAUGUUUUAUUGAAAAUGUAAAAAUGCAGAAAGUUUUUUGUGAGGGUUAGGUUUAGGGGUAGGGUUAGGGUUAGGGGAUAGAAUCUAUAGUUCAUACAGUAUAAAAAUCAUUAUGUCUAUGGAGAGUCCUCAUAAUGAUAGUUGCACCAACGUGUGUGCAUGUUUGUAAACAAGAUGCAGUCUUUGCUAAAUAUCUGCAAAAUAUCAUGUGUAAAGCCACAGUUGAUGCCCGGGUCAAAAUAGACCCACAAACGCAAUAGAUGUAACAAUUUGUUUAAAAUGGUUAUAUAUAUCUUAAACAAUUAUAUAUAUAUAUAUAUAUAUAUAUAUAUAUAUACAGUACUGUGCAAAAGUCUUAGGCACAUAAGAUGCUUCACAAAAGCAUUUGUCUUAAGACACAAACAUAAACAAUACUUUUGCAAUUAGAAAAGAUUAGAAUAGAAGAACAGGGAGCCCUGCAACAGAUGUCAUGGCCCCCACAGAGCCCCCCACUGAACAUCGUGUCAGUCUGAGAUUACAUAAAGAGACAGAAGCAAUUGAGACAGCCUAAAUAGAUAGAAGAACUGUGACGAAUUCUCCAAGAAGCUUUGAACAUCUUAUCUGUCAGGUGUCCAGGUGUAUCUAGGAGAAUUGGGGCUGUUUUGAAGGCAAAGGUGGUCACACCAAAUAUUGAUGUAUUUUUAUUAAUGUUUACUGGACUUUGUAUGACAUUAAGUGAUAAAUGAAAUCUAUUUAUGUAAUUAUUUUUGAAGACAUCCUCACUAUGCAACAUUUUUCACAAGUGCCUAAAACUUUUGCACAGUACUGUGUGUGUGUGUGUGUGUGUGUGUGUGUGGGUGUGUAACUAUUUAUUUAUGUUCAUGUUUUUGGUAUUUAAAAAUGAUAUUUUACCUCUCCUGAACUCAAAAGCAAGGUCAAGGCUCUUUACCAAAAUAGUGUCCUGAUAACUUUAAAUAAUUUGUACAAGAUGGUGAAAUUUUAUCCGACUUUGCUCGACUUUUAUUCCCAUAGAGACCAACCAAACAACACAGGCAUUACAUUCUAGCUAACCUCCUAUCCAGCACUUUUUUAAAGAAAGUAAACGUCUCUGAACACAUUUUAUUCAUCAUUCCAUAUUUAUUAUGCAAUACCAAUAACUGAUGUUUGUCAAAAACAUGUUGUAAACUUCCCUUGUCUUUUAAUCCCUUUUAGGGAUUAUAUUUAGGAAAAAUCAUAAUAGCAUUGUUUGUGCAUUCUUUUAUUUUAAAAUUCAACUCAUACUAUUUCUUAAGAUUUUGCCAUCUUGUAAACUAUACGUGUGAUAUCACAUCUGCUUUUCAAAUUGCUAAAUUAAUAGUGAGUUCAUGGCCGUUUGCCCCCAGCUUCAGUGGUUACCAAAACAUUCAAAUGGUUUGCAGUCGGAUCUCCAGUCGGAUACGGAACAAACUUCCGCAGAAUGUUCUUUUUGUACCUGUUCCACAUCACUAGAGAACUUUAGGAUUUAAACUCUUCACGUCGACUCGUAUGUUUGUUAUUAUUACUUAUAACUGAAUAGUUCUUGUGGUAUAUUCAUAUAUUUCAAUAUUUGUUGGCCAAAACAAUGGUUUGAUAUUUUUGUAUACUACCUUUUACAUUUUUGCUGUUUCAUGAGUUGUUUUGCUUUUUAUAUUUGUUGUACUGUUUAAAUCUUGCAACAACAAAAAAAGAAUGCCAAUAAAAGUCUGUUUCCACUGUGACAACCUACCCCGUAUAGUGUGACAACAUGCCCCAAAUAACAGCAAUAAAAUCAUGUCCAAAAGCUUUUUCUUAGCCAAAAAUUAAGGUUUGUACCUAUACAGAAAUUGGGGGCGUUUACAUGCACGAAUGUACACCGAUUGUGCUAAAUAUCUAAUAAGCUGAUCAACAACUGAAUACAACUAGUGAACCUCUGUAAAUGUAUUUCAACAUGUUAGAUUUGGUAUUUCAGAUAUGAAUAAAAUGAGUAU